AUGGCGGACGACAAGAGCGGGAAGCAAGCUACCUUGGGGUAUGUAAAAGAUGGACAGCAGACCAUCGGAAGAUUCUUCGGUUCGAAUGCCAACCAGGCACCAAAAAAGCAGACGACAUUAGCAUUCGGUGGGAAACGACAGGGUGCUAGCAGUGAUGCCCCUGAUACAGAGGCCAAAGAUACGGCAGUUGAUGUAAAGACGGAAUCGAAACCCGCCGAACCAGCCCCAGCUGCUACCUCCAACGGCGAAUCUCCCACGAAAGGCUUGAAGCGGGAGAAGAGUGCCGAUGCCGAAGAAAGCGACGGAUCUGAUAUCCAGCCUGUUUCUAAGCGUCGUAAGAGGGCAUCGCCCACCUCAUCACCGGCCGCCAAAAAAUCAACACCGUCCCCGAAAAAGCCAAAGGCAACAAAACCAAAGGUUGAAUCGCCAUUGCCCAAGCCAAUCGUGAAGGAAGCUGCAGACGUGAAGCCAGAGGAGAAAUCACCAUCAGCCGAGGAAGAGCAGGGGCUGUCUGAAAGCGAAGAGGAAGAAGACCUUGAGCCGGAAGCGAAGAAAAAAUCGAUCGAGAAGUUCCAAGCCAAAUUACAAGGUACUGGCAAAGACCCUUAUCCGGACUGGAAGGCAGGCGAUGCUGUGCCCUAUGCCGCGCUAUGUACCACUUUCUCCCUGGUUGAGAUGACGAGAAAGCGGCUGGAAAUCACCGAUCACUGUUCACUCUUCCUUCGUCAAGUUCUCCGCCUUACUCCGGACGACUUCCUGCCUACUGUCCAACUCAUGAUCAACAAGCUGGCCGCCGAUUAUGCUGGAAUCGAACUAGGUAUUGGAGAGUCUCUGAUCAUGAAAGCUAUUGGUGAGUGUACUGGCCGCAGCCUUGCUAUUAUCAAGGCCGAUCAACGAGAAAUCGGAGAUCUGGGACUUGUAGCUGCCAAGAGCAGAUCAAACCAGCCGACUAUGUUCAAACCGAAGGCUUUGACUGUUCGUGGUGUACAUGCAGGCUUGCUGGGAAUUGCCCAGGUGCAGGGUCAUGGAUCCCAAGACAAAAAGAUUUCAGGAAUUAAAAAGCUCCUCUCCGCAGCGGAUGCCGAUGCUGCCGGAAAGGGCAGCAAAGGAAUCGAUAUCACCAAGGACAAGGGCGGCCCAAGCGAGGCCAAGUACAUUGUUCGCUUUUUGGAAGGCAAGCUUAGAUUGGGACUUGCUGAGAAGACGGUUCUUGUUGCUGUCUCUCGGGCCAUUCAGGCUCACGAAGCCGAAUCAAGCGGUGGCAAGAUGCCAACUACAGAGCAGAUGGUUGCAGGCGAGAACAUCUUCAAGUCUGUCUACAGUGAGCUGCCCGCGUACGAGGUCAUUAUCCCUGCGAUGCUCAAGCAUGGUCUCUCUAAGCUACCGGAUGUGUGCAAACUUCAGCCUGGAAUCCCUCUGAAGCCUAUGCUUGCCAAGCCAACCAAGUCCAUUACCGAAGUCCUCGAUCGCUUCGAAGGGAAAGAAUUUACGUGCGAGUACAAGUACGACGGAGAAAGAGCGCAGAUCCAUUUUGUGUCUCCAGAUUCGGUUGACCAAUACCCUGGAGCUCUGGCCACUUUGCAGAAGGACAGCAAGGGACUUUCCUCGAUUUUCUCACGAAACUCUGAGGAUCUUUCAAAGAAAUACCCUGACGUCCUGGGCAAGCUUGACACCUGGGUCAAGAAUGACGUGAAGAGCUUUGUAUUGGACUGCGAGACUGUUGCCUGGGAUACAGAGAACAAGAAGGUCCUCCCCUUCCAGCAGCUGAUGACCCGUAAGCGGAAGGAUGUCAAGGCCGAGGAUGUCAAGGUCAAGGUCUGCGUGUAUGCCUUUGAUUUACUGUUCUUCAAUGGAGAGGCAUGUGUGAAGAAGUCCCUUCGGGAACGUCGAGAGCUUAUGCACGAAUGUUUCCAACCGGUUGAAGGCGAGUUCCAGUUCGCCCAAUACGGCAACUCGAACGUUCUCGACGAGAUCCAGGAGUUGCUCGAGGCUAGUGUCAAAGCUUCCUGCGAGGGUCUCAUGGUGAAAAUGUUGGACACAGACGAGAGUGGAUAUGAGCCUAGCAAGCGCAGUCGCAACUGGCUUAAGGUCAAAAAGGAUUACUUGGCUGGCGUUGGUGACUCUCUCGAUUUGGUCGUCCUGGGUGCAUACUACGGACGAGGAAAACGCACCUCUGUCUAUGGUGCUUUCCUCCUCGCUGCCUACAACCCAAACAAUGAUACUUAUGAGACCAUUUGUAACAUCGGCACUGGAUUCUCCGAGGCGGUCCUCGAGGAGCUCCACCAGACAUUGGUUCCCCUGGUGAUUGACCGCCCCAAACCGUUCUAUACCCAUUCGACCGUCCCCAAGGACCAACCCGAUGUUUGGUUUGAACCAAGACUGGUAUGGGAGGUCAAAACCGCCGAUCUGACCCUUAGCCCUCGCUACCAGGCCGCUGUCGAUGAAUUCCAAGGAACAAGUGAUAGUGGGAAGGGUGUCUCUCUGCGCUUCCCACGAUAUAUCAAGUCUCGCGAUGACAAAAAGCCAGACGAGGCCACCACCACUCGUGCAGUGGCCGAGAUGUAUCGGAAGCAAGAAGCGGUCACGAAAGAGACUAGCGGCAAAGGAGGUGUAGAUGAUGAUUUUGAGUAUUGA